AUGGAUUCCAAUCCAUUAUAUCUUUCACAUGAUCCUUUACUUAAUGUCCCAAUUGAUGAAAUUAAUCAACCGGCUCCGACUAAACGAUAUAAGAUUAUUAUCAUUGGAUUAUGUUUAGUAGUAUUUCUUCUUUCAAUAGCUUUAAGUUUGGUAUUUGUAGCAACAAGAAAACAACAGUCAUCAUCGAUAACAACAAAUACAAUAUUAGACAAUUGCUUUGCUACCAGUUGGAAUCCAGUUGGAGAAAAACUAGUCAAAGUCGAUCGUGUAUCUACGUUAGCUGUAGACAAUGAUUUUAAUAUAUAUACUUCGGAUGUGAGUGUACGUGCUUUACAAAAGUGGCUUCCAGGUGCUGAUAAACCCAUCAAUUUGUUUGAAGGACAUUUUCCAGAGACGCCUAUUUUUUAUCAUUCAUUGACCCAUUCACUUUAUUUCUUUAUCGUAUUUAAAGAUACUCCCGGUGUAUAUAAAUUAGUCGAUGGAAAUUCAACACCGGUGAAUGUAUUCAGUUCGAAUGGAAGAGGCUGGAAUAUAGAUCAACUCGAUAACUCUUGUAGAGGAUUAUAUGUAAAUACAGCGGGUGAUGUAUUUGUAUUAGAUGAGGGUCGCCGUCGUAUCGUCAAAUGGAUGGUAAAUGCCACAUCAGGAGUACUGGUUGCGGGUCGAAAACAAGACGAAUCCAAUUCUGAUCAGUUACCAUCGCCAUCAGGAUUAUAUGUAGAUGAAAUUGACAAUUCAAUAUACGCAUUAAUAGACUCCAGUGGUCGUCAGAUUAAAAGAUUCUCCAAUGGAUCAGUAUAUGGAGUGACUAUUUUUGGUGGUGGUCCUUCUACAGUUCUCUCUGAUCUAGUAUCAGACUAUAUAGAACCUCAAUCGAUGAUAGUCGACAAAAUGGGUAGUAUUUUAGUAGGUGAAAAAUCUAAAAUUACCAGAUGGACACGAGAUAUUACGCUUGCUGGUAUUAUUAUUGGAGAAAGUUUAGGUGGCAGUGCAACAAUUAUAAACUCUCCAAAGAUAAUGACAUUUGACAAGUUAGGAAACUUGUAUGUUUAUGACGAAGGAAAAAAACAAAUUUUUAGAUUCAAUGUUAAUUCUACUUCAUGCAUAAAUAAUCUUCAUUAA